UAUGGGCUAAAAUCGUAUUUCUGCGCGCAGCGUUUGGUCAACUUUCCAUUAUAUUCCAUUUUAAGGCGCAGCGCUGUCCCACUAAAAUAAUGGGUUAGAGAACUCUCCAAACUCAGAUUACAACUCCUCCACACAUAAUUUGCAAAGCACAGACUUUUGUUUUCAAAUCUCAAAAAGUUAUUCAGUUCUUUUUAUAAGCCAUCGUUUAUGGUGCAAUGAUUGAAUCCAACGUGAGUCGGAGUUGCGCGUGGUGCGCUUUGGGAAGUGACGGGACCAACGAGCGCUUGGACGAGAAUCAUUCAGAGCACAAUCUCAGCCCGACGGGACACUUGGUGGUCGCCGUUUGUCUCGGAUUCAUCGGAACUUUCGGGUUUCUCAACAACACGCUCGUCCUCGUUAUUUUUUGUCGCUACAAAGUGCUCCGCUCGCCCAUGAACUGUCUUUUGGUGAGCAUUUCUGUGAGUGAUCUGCUGGUGUGCGUCCUGGGCACUCCGUUCAGCUUCGCCGCGAGCACUCAGGGACGAUGGCUCAUCGGACAAGCGGGAUGCGUGUGGUAUGGCUUCGCCAAUUCAUUCCUGGGUGUUGUAUCUCUCAUUUCUCUGGCAGUGCUUUCUUACGAACGCUACUGCACUAUGAUGGGGGCCACACAGGCUGAUUCUACCAAUUACAGAAAGGUCGCCAUGGGUAUUGCUUUCUCCUGGAUAUAUUCCAUGGUGUGGACCAUUCCUCCGCUGUUUGGAUGGAGUCGCUACGGUCCAGAGGGUCCCGGCACCACCUGCAGCGUCAACUGGACCGCCAAGACAGCGAACAAUGUGUCUUACAUUGUCUGUCUGUUUAUCUUCUGCCUUAUUCUUCCUUUCGCCGUAAUUGUGUACAGCUACGGCCGGCUCCUUCAGGCUAUCACGCAGGUGAGCCGGAUCAAUACGGUAGUGAGUCGUAGGCGGGAGCAGCGAGUGCUUUUCAUGGUGGUCACCAUGGUGGUGUGUUACCUGCUGUGCUGGCUGCCCUAUGGGAUUAUGGCCCUGAUGGCCACAUUUGGACGGCCUGGUCUGAUCACACCUACAGCCAGCAUCGUUCCUUCUCUCUUAGCCAAGACCAGCACCGUCAUAAACCCCAUCAUCUAUAUCUUCAUGAACAAACAGUUUUGCAGAUGUUUCCACGCACUUCUCAUGUGCACUACCCCAGAGAGAGGUUCCAGCUUCAAAAAUACCUCCAAUGUCACCAGAACUCAGAGGACGGUGCGGCGUGCCAACGGGAAUAAUGUGACCUUCGCUGUAGCCUCCACCGUUCACCCUACUAUCUGUGCGCCGCACAGCGGUGGGCACAAAAGUUCCUCAGAGGAUGGCAAACCCGUUCCCGCUACAGGCCAAGAGACCACCAGACCGGUCGUGUCUCUCGUGGCAUAUUACAAUGGCUAAAGUUUUACAGCCAAGCAAACAUCACCAAACCCCUACUAAUACAUUGAAAACUGCAAGAACAGUGGAAUACUGUAAACGGUGGUAAACAAUGAAUACAUACCGAGGUGAACAACAGAUGACGUGCAGUAAAAUAAAGGGAGGUGGGCGUGAGAUCUGAAAAACUAAAACUGUAUAUUGAAUGUGAACUGAAAGAUGUUACUAUGUCAAACCCAGGCUCAUGGAUCAAUUUGAUAUUGUUGUUUGUUAAAGGGUAACUCCGGCCAAAAGUGAAAAUUCUGCCAUUAAUUACUCACCUUCAAGUAGUUUAACAUCUGUAUGACCUCCAUUUUUCCCAAAAACGCAAAUUAAGCUAGUUUUGGAAGCUUUCUGACUCCUCCUUAACCAAUCUUCAAAGCGCUGAAAGUGCCUGAAGACAUCGUAAAACUAUCCACGCGACUCCAGUGGUUUAGUAUAAAUUAAUAUAACGCGAUGAGGAUACUUUUUGUGCGCAAACAAACAAAACUAACGACUAUAUUAAAAAACUUCCUGAUUUGAGUUCACGAGAGCCUGUGUGGUCAGAACGCGCAUGCGUCGAGCGAUGCUGACACCGGAUGCACCGCCAUGUGGCUCGUGUGUUUGGUUGCGGUGCAAUCUGAGGAGUCAGAAAGCUUCCAAAACUACCUUACUUUGCGUUUUGGGGGAAAAUGGAGGUCAUACAGAUGUUUAACUACUUGAGGGUGAGUAAUUAAUUGCAGAAUUUUCAUUUUGGGCCGGAGUUACCCUUUAAGUGUCCUUAAUGUGAUUUGUGUAUAUCUCUCUCUCUGUGAAAUGAAACAUGAGCCUAUUUAAAUGGCGAAAGCACAUGAAGCCUUUAUGAAGAGUUUUUUUAAUGUUGCCAAAAUGUACAUUCAAGGGUAGCCAUGCAAUAGCCUACAUAAAUACACUUUUGAAAAAUGUAUAUGUAAGCUCUGAAAUUAUAUUUUACGGUAGCAAUGUCUAUUUUAACAUAAAAUUGCUUGCCGUUGAAUUGAAAAAUCAAGAAUAUUCCUCGGUAAUUACCAAUAAGAUUUCCAGGUUUAAAUCACAAAUUAUUUAUUUGUAAUAUGCAAUUUAUUUGGUAUUUCGUCAAAAAAAGCUUUUAUGAACUAUUGCACAAUGAUGUCUGUUGGAAGCCAAAACCCGUGAAUUAAGUCCACGUGUAUAUUAAUUUAUAGUGCUUAUAUAUGAAGUGUUAUGUUUUAUGUCUGUUAGUUGAAUUGUCAUUACAUUUGUUUGUCAUUAAAAUAACAGAAUUCGUAGCUAUGAGUUUGAUUCCUGCAUACUUGAAUAAUGUGGGAUUGGCGCUGGGGGUCCACUGAUCCUUUUUACUGAUGCAGCUGCAUCCACAAUCAAACAGAGAAAAGGAGUGUUUGAACUCUGGAAAUGAAUCACCUGAGACUGUACUGGAAAAUCUGAUGUGUUCGUAGAGUCAAGAAAGAACAUUUUGAUAACUUAUGUAAAGCUUCACUUGUGAGUAUGAAUAAAAAACACUUUGUGGGUUUUAAAGUUUCAUAACAUCAUUUUUUUUCUUGUAUUAGAUGCAUAACAUUACCCACAUUUACUCAGUGGCCAAAACUCAAUUUGACAUAUUUUUGGCACUCCUGUUAUACAUUUCUUAAUGAUCCAUUUAAAUUGAAUUCCUUCUGAAAUAGAUAUACAGUCCAUACUACACAACAAUGAAUAAAGGAUUAUCCUAAACCCAUAACUUUUAUAACAGUGAACAGUAUUUUCAAGCUAAAUCAUUUAGAUUAAAGGGUCUGUUUUGCAGUAUUCCUUUUAUUAUGCAAAAAUGAUCUGAUAGUUUGGUAUCAGUUAUAAGGUUUAUUUUAACGUUGUAUUAUUUGUAUAUUGGACAAUCAAUGUGUGAAAUAACCUUAAUGAGUAUUUUUAUGAGGUUUAAUUAUGAAUUAAUGGGUGAAGGGAUUUUUGUGACCAAUUUUAUGAUUGUAAUGUAUGUUUUUCUGGUAAACUAGAUCACGGCUGACAACUUGCAAAACUUUUUGUGAAUUCUGUAAAUGAAACGAUAAUGUUGUGGGCUGGCAAUGUUGGAGAUAUCAAUUCAGAAUAUGGAAAUGCAAGAGAUCAGCAGAGUUCAGAGCCUGAGAAUUGAAAUAGGCCUACAUAUAAAUGCAAAUGUUCAAUGCAAUUUUUAGACUUAAGAAAACAACUAUAAGCUACAGUCCAGCGUCAAGAUUAAUGUUUUGUUUUCCAGCUUGAUACAUUGUAAAUAAGACUGAAUAAGAUUUCUGAUUACUUUUGCUUUGUGUCCUUUUUACCUUAUUUUUUUAUUUUGCCCCAAAUUCAUCUAAUAUGUAGUGAUCCCUCAGUCAGAACUUCUGUUUUGUUCUGUAUUGUGAUUGCCCAUUUAAAAGGACCGUGUGACAGAUAUUUUUUCAGUACUAUGUGUGCACAUUUGUAAGCUAAAGUCAGUAUAAUGUUUUGCCAAUACAGAUUUUUAAAUGAUAUAUAUGUUGUAUAGAUGUUGAUGCUAAUAAAAUGGACUGGAUAUAAAAUAUAGCAUCUGGAUAUAAAUCGUGUUUUUAGAAAAAUAUCGGUUUCUGUCCACAAUGCUUUUGGUGUUUGUUUAACCUGGCACCUUUA